UUGAACAUCACGAUACAUACCGGAAAAAAAAAAUGCCAUCCUUUAUUCCCCAAAUCUUUGUUGGCAGCUGACUCCCUCCUAAAACCGUCCUUAUAAUACGCCGCGGUCUCUCUCUCAAUGCCUUUAUCAUGCUAACACAUCAGUCGAGAUCUCAAUCUCUUCCCACUUUUACUAACAGCUUUUGUUGCCUCUACCAAUACAUACACUGCCACAUAUAUCUGUAUAGAUCACGGAUCAGCCAUCGAGAGACAAAGAGUGAUGAAGAGGGGGCAGCAGAGGGCGGUGAAGGCAGGGCUGUGGAUGAUGGGGCUGUGCUUGGUGGGCUUCAUCAUCGGCCGCCCGCUCUACUGGCACCUCACCGAGGGCUUCUCCUCCGUGUCCAUCCGCCACCGCAAGUCCCUCUCCUGCCCUCUCUGUGACUGCGAUUGCUCCUCGCAGCCCCUUCUCUCCCUCAUGGAUGGCUUGAAUAACCAUAGCUUCACAGAUUGCAUGAAGCAUGACCCGGAGGUUAGCGAAGAGAUGGAGAAGAACUUCAUCGAUAUGCUGAAGGAGGAAGUGAAGCUACAAGAGGCUCAAGCCUUGGAGAACCAGCAGAAGGCUGACAUGAUGCUGUUGGAGGCCAAAAAGAUGACAUCGCAGUUCCAGAAGGAAGCUGAUAAAUGCAGCUCUGGCAUGGAGACAUGCGAGGAGGCGAGGGAGAAAUCUGAGUCCGCGCUCGAGGCUCAGCGGUCAUUGACAGCCAUGUGGGAGCUUAGGGCACGUCAAAGAGGAUGGAGGGAUGACUCCGAUGAAAGCAAUCAAUACUUACAGAAUAACUAGAUUUAUAUCAGUUCAACGAACAAUCUUACAUAAAUCUUUUUGUUUUUAUCAUUCUUUUAAUUACAAUUUUUAUAUGAAAUAUGUAAUGCACCAA